AUGGAUUGCACAUUGCGUUUCGGUGAACACUACGAUCUUGAUGAACGAUUGAAGGUGUUCAAUGUGGCCUUGAGGAAGGAUGACAUCGAAUCGGCAGCGAAAAAGGCUUUUCAGUGUCCUCUCUGUCUCUUCCAUGCGGCUUCUCGUUGGGCUCUCACUGAGCACGCUUUUUUCUCGCAUUGGUUGCGCCUGUGCUAUGUGUGCUGCCAUCAUAUCAGUGAAGCAGGUACGAGGAAGGGCGGCGAACAGAGCAUUUGGGAGCACACCUUUUCUUGUCUUAGUCGACGUCAUGCAGCCCUGCUUCGUGCCAACACAGAUGACGGCGACAGCAUCGAGAGCCUCCAUGAUGGCCCUAUUUGGCGACGACAUCAACGGGUUCUCCACCCUCAAGAGGACGUGAAAGGAACAGUGCCUCUCCAGCUACCUCCCCAUCUUGAUGUUGUUGCCACUGCUGCCAACUGCGACGAUAGCAGGUUCGCCGAUCCUCCCUCAGGUGAGUGCGCUUCUCCAUCCUACUGGCGAAAAUACGCCCACUUUGUUGCUACUUAUUUAGACACAUUUCAUGCAUCAACUGUUCACAUUCCAUUUUGA